AUGGUGGGAGAGGAUGCCGGAAAGAUCUGGCAGGCCCAAACGCAUUGCCGAGCUCUGCAGUGCUAUGAAUGCAAAGUGGGCCUUUGGAACUUGUGCAUAACCAAAAAAGUGACGUGUGCCGAAGGGGAGCAUUGCUUCAGCGGAAUCGGGAAGGCCGCUGGCUUUGUGACCAUCUCCAUGAAGGGUUGCCUGGCAGUGGCCAAGUGCAACAAGACUGAAGAGGUCAACUUCCCCACCGAUUCCAACACCACUCUUUACAAGAUGAUGAGGACGUGCUGCGACAGCCAUGACCUGUGCAACGCUGCACCAGGCCUGCCCGGCGCCUCGGGCCUGUCUUUGGCCCUCGCCACCAUCACCGCUGUGCUGAUGGCCAACGUGCUGGUGUGACACCCUUGCCACUAAAUAUCGCCGUGGCUACAAAGCCAGCUUUUAUUUGUAUUCAAUGAUAUAACAAGUUUUUUCUUACAUUUAUGCCUAAAUUGUCUACCCUUUCUCUGACUGACGUGUAAAACUCUUAAAUGGCUUUACGUUGCUCAUAAAAUUGACAAUGUGUGAAUUUCCUGUUGCUGUACGACUUCUUAAAACUGCAUCACUGCAAAUGUUGAAUUGCACACCCUAAAUUAUAAAGAUCUUGGAUUUUUAAGAGGGAUCACUCUCACUUUCUAUUGCUCACAAACUGGAGAUGAUACAGCUUUUCUGAUUGUGGAAAUGUAAUGAAACCAACAUGUGGUUUGCAUGUAUGAAAUAAAGGCUUCAAACCAGUG